AUGAUCGUUGAAGUUAUUUUUAUAUUUUUAAUUUCUCAUGUAUUUUGCUCAGGUAAGUCUAGGCAGCCGGUUCUACGCAAAUUUUAAACUCGAUUUCGCAAAAUUGGUCGAGUGAUUAAAUUUCGAUUUUUAAGGUUGUUGAAAAAUGACGUAUUACAAGAUUACAGUAAAGAGUUUUGGGUGGUCAAGCGUAGAAAAAGUUCCAGAUAAAGAGGAAGAGAGGGGGGGGGGGGACUUUGAGAAUAAAAGCUUGAUUGCCCUAACUUUGGCCCAGAGCCCUAACCCAGAGCCCUAGUUCAGAGCCCUAGUCCAGAGCCCUAGUCCAAAGCCCUAGCUCAGGUAGACAUAAGAAACGGACCGCGCCGGCCUUGACCCAAGUUUAGGUUGGGUUGGCCCUGAAAAUUAAAAACUGGAUCGCCCUGUUCCUUAUGUCUAAGCCCUGAGCCUUAGUCUUCGAGCUUUUGGCCUUCUUGUAGCCUUACUUUAAGAUUUGAAAAAAAUAACCAUAAAGGUUAUUUAGUCUAGCUUUACCCCUAACUUAGUCUUCAUCUAGCCUCACUUAGCUUUUUGUAACCAUUCUUUCUUAGCCUAAAAUCCCACGCUAUAAGCAGUAGAAUGAAAGUGGCAACUCAUAAGGCUUGUGAGUUUAAUACGUAGCUUAUUUUCAGAAGACUACAAAAAUCAAUGUAAUUUGACAAUAACUCCAAAUUUAUCGACCAAAUUAGAACAAUGUGAGGGAAACAAAUGCAAAGAAGGAUUUGAGUGCAAUAAAGACAUAUGUUGUCCUACUAAAGGUAAGAACUUUUGACUAAAAAUCUUUUUCAAAAUCCCCCCCCUCCCCCCCCUCCCCCUCCUGCCCACUUUUCUCAACCCCCCUCCCCGUUCUCUCUUCUUAAUUUUUCUCUGUCUGCCCUCACCCCUUGUUUCUCUUUUUCCUUACGCUGCCUUACAUUAGAAGUUACAAGCCUAGCACUCACCUUAAACAUUUGGAAUUGAGAAGGCUUCUUUAGGGAUAAAAACCACUAUUUAAGUGUUAUAUUUUAGCUCUGAUUUGUGCUCAGCCUAUGGAAUCAGGAAAAGAAGUGGUCGAUUAUAUCCACACCGGUCGAUUUGGCUAUGACCCACGGCUGAACAAUUGCAUCAAAUUUAGUUAUUUUGGCUCCGAAGGCAACUACAACAACUUUGAAAAGUUUCAAGAUUGUCGAGCUCUUUGUGCUUGA